AUGAGAGGAGCAAGAAUCCCAAACAGCCCCUCAUCACCACCAUCACAAGACGGGUGCAGCAGAGACCAGGAGAGGCUCCUUCCGAUCGCGAACGUGAGCCGGAUCAUGAAGAAAACCCUCCCCGCAAACGCCAAGAUCUCAAAGGAAGCCAAGGAGACUGUGCAGGAAUGCGUGUCGGAGUUCAUCAGCUUCGUGACGGGGGAGGCCUCGGAUAAGUGCCAGAGGGAGAAGCGGAAGACUGUCAACGGCGAUGAUCUGCUGUGGGCCAUGACCACUCUUGGAUUCGACGACUAUGUCGUGCCUCUUAAGGAUUAUCUUAGUACCUAUAGAGAGAGCGAUGGGGAGACGAGGGAGAAGAAUGAGAAGAACGAAAGAGUCUUUCGUUCUUCUGCUUCUGCUUCGUCUCCUUGUGAAGUUGAUUUUGACGCUGAGAAGAUUGCUUCAAACCCUAGUUUUUUGCAGGGUUUUGGGAGUGGUGGUGGUGGUGUGUUGAUUGAAUUCGGUGGUGGGAGAGCUAUGGCGGAGGGUGGUGGUGUUGAGUGGUGA